GACACCGAUUCAACUGGCUUGAAACCAAUUAAAUACCCAGUUCUUGGCCUCCUAGGGUUUGUAGAAGCAUUUCCCUCUGCCUCUCACGUCCUCUCUCUCCCUGCUUUCCUUCCUCCGCCGCCGCUCUCCUCCGAUCCCAUGGCUCCGAAGAAGGAAAAGGCUCCUCCCCCGUCAUCCAAGCCAGCCAAGUCCGGCGGCGGCAAGCAAAAGAAGAAGAAGUGGAGCAAGGGAAAGCAAAAGGAGAAGGUGAACAACAUGGUGUUGUUUGACAAGGCUACCUAUGACAAGCUUCUCUCUGAAGCCCCCAAGUACAAGCUCAUCACCCCUUCCAUUCUCUCUGAUCGUCUCAGGGUUAAUGGAUCUCUGGCAAGGAAGGCUAUUAAAGAUCUGAUGGCAAGAGGUCUGAUUAGGAUGGUUUCUGCCCAUGCAAGCCAGCAGAUUUAUACUAGAGCAACCAACACCUAGGUUUCUAGUUCUUAAUUAAUGAGAGAUUAUGUAAACCGGCCAUUUGAAAUUUGCUUCGUCUUGUGUUUUGUUUACGUCGUAUGCGGUUGGAUCUGUUAGGCUUGAUCUGAUGUUACGGAUUUCUUGUUGUCGUCGGAAUUUAUGAAACCUUUUUGAAGA